CGCCGCCUCCCCCAAAUCCCCAAACCAGCGCAACCAACCAACCUUGAAAUCCAACAUCUUGAGGAGCGAGAGGGAUCCAAUCGGCGGGUGCGCUUCUGAUGGCGGGCAAGGAGGAGGUGGAGGCGGCGAGGAGGUGGAUGAUGAGCCCGUGCACCGCCGCCAAGUCUACGGACGGCGCGGCCGCCGGCGACGAUGGUCCGGUGAUGCGGUUCCCCUCCAAGAGGAAGGCGGCUUCCGGUUCCAUCUACAAGGUGGGUGAGCCGCUGCCGGCCAAUGGGUGGAUCCAUCCUGCGGGAGAAGGGGAUCUUUCCGCGUUACAUAGGAGGGAGGCAGCGAUCGACAAGAUGCUGCAGGAGUCCAAGCUGCCAGCCACAGUCAAGCAGGGCACCGAUGCCAACGCCGCCGUCAAGCAGAGCGCCGAUACCUCCGCCGUAGUCAAGCAGGGUGUGUAUUCCUCGGCGGCAGCGGCAUGUGGAAGCAAAGGGAAGAAGUAUCGGCUGAAGAAAAGCGAGCUGAGGACCAUAAUUGCCCUCAGGCCGGAGCCUUACCCCCCGGCAGACGACUAUCUCGAGCUGGCCCCGUUCUUCCCGCCAGGGUGGCUCGAGCAGAAGAAGCGGGAGGAGGAGGAGGAUGCGGUCCAAUUUGCCAGGAUGGAGGCGGAGUUUGAGGCCUUCCGGCAGCAGGUGAUUGAGGGGGUCAAGAAGAACGGCUACUUCGAGGUCGACGAGGACCCCUCGGAUGGCAGGGAAAGGGAGGAGGCUAAUGAAUACGCUAGGCAAGAAAUGGCAGAGAUUGACUUCAGUGAACUCCGUCUCCUUGAUGCUAGACCAAAUCUGCCACAGGCGAAAUUUUUUCCUUACGUUCCUAACGAGGACGACGCUCUUCUAGAUGACAUUCCCAGCGAUGAUGAUGAUUUUGAAGAGGAGGAUGCUCUGCCCAUCCAAGGAGAGGACUUCGAAGGGGAAGCCGCCGCCGCCGCUCACAAGCUUGUUCCUCCUAUUCAGUCCAGCUGAGAAGAUGAUUCAGUUGGUCUACCUCUAUCUAUUCUAUCCAAUUAUGUUUAGCAGAUGUCUCUGUCGUGGAUCCGUACAUGUGGGUUGGUCGGGUCUAUCUAUCUGUAUUAAUUUCUCCUGUUGUGUUAUGUUUGGAACACCGACUAUAAUUUACAACUCUGUCUCGUUACCGCCA